AUGCUCAUGCCCCAGAAUGUCUGUUCACACUGGAAAGUUCCAGACGAUGUUUCUCGGCAUGUGAAUGAAGGUGGGACAUUGUAUAUCACCAGAGCUCUAUUGGCAUCGAUGAGAUUUAGCGGCCGUUGCAUGGACCGGCUGGCCGCGGCUAAUGAAGUUGAGGUCAUAGGAUCAGUUGACCACUGCGAUACCUCGAAUGAGAUGCCUCUUGUAUCGGAGCAUGAGAUGCGAAGGCAUACCAGAAGGGAAGGUGAGCGGUACUCACACACAGCCAAGCUCUUUGUCUGGGACGUGGGUUCGCGACAAGCACACCUGCCAAGUUCUUUUUGUCAACAUUUACAUGACAUUACAGAAUUGAAUGAACUUUUUCUGCUACUCCUGUUUCCCUCGAGGACCUUACAGCUUCAACUACCAAAAACAAACCCUUCCUUGCCAUUCACCAAGUAUUACCUGAGGCGCUGUUACACGACAAGAGAGAAGCCAGGGCGCGCCCCAGCAGUUCAUCGGCGCUUCGAUAAUCGGGGAUGUUCGCCCCCUUCCCUACCCUUCGCUUCCCACAACCAUGUGGGAAUCCCUCAGGCCGGUUCCAAGCCCUGUGCAGCGGUGGGUUCAGCCGGUGGGUGCGCCGCUGCUUACUUUACCCAGCCUUACAGGCUACUGCGACAUAUCUUGCCAACGAGACAGAUGCUGUCCGGAGACUCCGGGCCCUCGAAACCUGUCCAAUGGGCAAAAUUGAGGGUACGGGAAGGGGAGCCGGGAACGACCCAUGCCAGUGCGACCCUCCAUGGUGCCGGCAGUCAUCUGUCACGAUGGACGGAUAGUCAGUGA